AUGGAUAGUAUAAUUUACUUUUAUUUAAUUAAUAAUUAUAAUAAUAAAAAUAAUGAAGAGCUUUUAAAUUGUUUAUUAAUAUUAUCAAUUAAUAAUUUAAAUAUUACAUUCAACCAAGUACAAGAUUAUUGUAAUAGUAUCAAUAAUUAUAAAAACAAUUAUCAAAACCUUCAAAAAAAAAAAGAAAACAAAUUACAAGAAGAAGAGGAAGAAACCCAUUUAAAUGAUUUAAAAGGAUUAAAUGAUCAACAAUUUCAAACACUAAAUAAUCAUAUUCAAAAUUUAAAAAAUACAUUCAUAACCAAUAAUUCUAAUGAUGAAACUAUAUACACUCAUUCAAUUACAGAUAAUAACAAUAAUGACACAAUUGACAAUAGAAAUAAAAGAAUUGCAUUCGAUUGUUCAAUACUUAUAAUCAUUAAAAAUAAUUUAAAUCAUCAUAUCACCAUUAAUAAUAAUAAAAAUAUUAAUAAUAAUAAUAAUUUAUAUCAAUUAAUUCUAAAAUAA